AUGUAGGUCAAAUUUUGAGUAUUUUCACAAAAAUAACAUAUUUUGGUAAGAAAUCAUCACAAUAUGUUUAUUUUGCCGAUCUUUCUUGUAACCUUGGUUACUAUAAAUGAUGCUCAAUGUGGCACUGCGCAACAUGACGUAUAUGAGCGUCUUCUUUCCUUAGAGAAUAAAUUUGAAAGACAAGCAUUGCGGAUAAGGACUCUCGAAAAUACUGUUUCAGCACAGGAAAAGACAAUAGCCGAACUAUCCGAGAGAGCAGCUUCACAGGACAAUGACAAACAGAUAGUUGAGCAUGAGCUAUACGAACUGAAACUGAAAACAAUGAAAUAUGAGCGCAAAAUAAAGCGUCUUGUGAAAAUUUUGAGGCAGCCACGGAUGCAAACAAACGGUGAAUCCAGUAAACCUAAUAAUGAUAUCGUAAAGGCUAGUCGGAUACGCAGAGAUGACAGAGUAACUGAUGGAAAGAAAAGAUUUGUUUUGGAUACUCUAGAGACAGUUGCAUUUGAAGCUACAAUCGCAGCAGUGAAGUUUGUACAACACAACAACAUUCACGACAGGGUCGUUUUUGAUGACGUGUCUCUCAAUGUAGGAAACGGGUACAACGCCGCAAAUGGAACUUUCAUUGCACCAGUAGGUGGAAUUUAUGUCUUUUCCACGUCAGUUAUGAUGAAUGGCGGCAACACUCAAGAUCUGAAUAUGCACGUUAUUCUUGAAAAAAAUAAUGCUGAGAUUGCAGGUGCAUUUGCUUAUAACCAAGGUCAAUAUGAGCAUAGUUCUGUGACGGCUACGAUGGAUCUUAAGGCCGGUGACACCGUGACUGUAACUGUUGAACGUCAUAAUGAUCUAACAUUCUACGGCGAUAGAUUGACAAGUUUCACCGGAUUUCUAUUGUAUAGUUAUUAAUAAAUAAACUCCUGAUCGGUUA